AUGGCUGACCACUCCCGCGGCGACGGCAUCAUCGAAAAGGAGGCCGCCUAUGCUGAGCAUCUUGACGCCGAGAAGAAUGGGCCAAUUCCACAGUACGACAGGUUCGGUGCGGCGGCGAAGGUCGAUCCCAAGGAGAUUGCCCUUGUGAGGAAAAUUGACUGCUAUAUGAUGCCAACUCUCUGGGCGAUGUACUUUCUCAACUUUCUGGACAGAAAUGCGCUUGUCAAUGGCAAGCUAAACAGUCUCACAGAGGACCUGAACCUGAAGGGUACGCAGUAUAAUACUUGCGUCAGCAUUCUUUUCGUGGGAUACCUUAUCGGCCAAGUUCCUUCUAAUAUGAUCCUCAACCGGGUCAAACCUGCAUGGUAUAUGUCUGGUUUUAUGAUGGCUUGGGCAAUCGUGUCCACCCUUACCUGUCUCGUUCACAACUACCAUGGCAUGCUUGUCUGUCGUCUUCUUCUCGGCGUCGUUGAGGCACCGUUUUAUCCAGGAGCUCUUUUUAUGAUCUCCUUGUUUUACAACCGCAAAGAGGCAACCACACGUAUGGCGAUCCUAUACACGGGGAAUAUGCUGGCGAGCUCAUUCUCAGGGCUCAUAUCUGCGGCUGUGUUUGCUACCCUGGAUAAGAAGCAUGGACUUGCAGGCUGGCAAUGGCUGUUUCUGAUUCAGGGUGUGGUAACUGUGGCAGUUGCCAUAGGCGCGUUCUUUCUUCUUCCGAACUCUCCAAAGCAGACGAUGUGGCUCACACCAGAGGAACGGCAGCUUGCGCACGAUCGUAUUGCGCGCGAUACCACUCAGAAAGCAGAGGGAACCAGCGUCUGGACCGGGCUCCGCGAGGCGUGCUUGGAUUACCGGACUUGGGUCUUUGCUCUGAUGUGCAAUCUGCACCUCUCAGCCAAUGGCUUCAAGAAUUUUAUGCCGACCGUCGUGAAAACACUCGGGUUCAACUCCACCAUAACGCUUGUCCUCACUUGUCCACCAUAUCUCGUGGCCACUUUCACCUCAAUUGCUGUCUCCUGGUCGUCAGGUUACUUUAACGAACGGACAUGGCACGUUACGAUUUCCAAACUGCUGGCAAUUGUAGGGUUCGCAGUCGCAACCGGGACACUCAAUACCGGCGCGCGAUAUUUUGCGAUGAUCCUCUUUGUCGGGGCCACUUAUGGGGUGAAUAAUAUCAACAUUGCCUGGGUGGCAGCCACGGUAGGGCAGACUGAUGAGAAGAAAGCUGUGGCGAUAGCCAUUACCAAUACCCUAGGCAAUCUGGCCAGUGUGUACACACCCUACUUGUGGCCUGACAGUGAUGCUCCGAGGUUUGGGCCCGCCAUGUAUGCCAGCAUCGGGUUUUCGGCUGGAGUGGUGAUAUUGGCGUGGGUCAUGAGAUUCAUUCUCAUGAGGGAGAACAAGAAGCUGCGGGCAGCUGAUCCCGGAGUGAUCAAUCUCUAUGCAUACUAA